AUGGCCGGCAAGCGUCCGGCGGGUUCGUCGGGGACCGGGUCUCCUGCUCGCCCGCCUCCGAGCGCCAUGUCGCUGCCUGCCCUGCCGCUGCCGCUCUUCUCGCUGGUGCUGGAGUUCGCGAUGUUCUACUUCACGCAGGACCUGGGGCCGGCGCGCCGCUCGCUGCACGCCAAGUACCUCAAGGACGUGGCGCUCGUGGCCAAGAGCUGGUACCGGGCCGUGGACGAGCUGGCAGCGCGCUUCCGACGCGACACCAUGCAGCUGACGUUGAAGUUCGGCUCCAGAGUCGAAGUGCUGGCGAUGCGACGCCAGGUUCAGCUCCGAGGGCGGGCGGUGCACGACCUGCGCGUCCGCAUGGGGCGCUCCGACGGCACGCGGUUCGUCACGGGCGUCCGGUGGUGGAUGGAGGACCGCGAGAUCCCGUGGGACAUUCUCUUUGCUCAGAUGCCGGGGCUGAAGAGGCUGGACCCGAGGAACAUGCCCCUGGAGAGCCGCCACUUGCCGCUGCUGCUGCAGAUGGCGGCCAAGCACUGUCUGCAGCUGGAGAUGCAGGUGCUGCCCCGGAAGCAGGACAUGACGGCCAUGGUCAACUGUGCAGCCAUUCGACGGGUGAUGAAGGUGCUGAGGGAGGCGAUGCGGAGGUGGCAUUUGAAGGGCAAGCGUGGUGGACUGAAGCAGCUCGCGGUGCCCACGAGGGAGGAAGAGGACAGGUUCCGCACCAGCACGACGUUCAUUGAGGACGUGAUGGAGUUCUGUCCGAACGUCGAGUACUUGGAUGGCUACAUCCAUGCGAUUGAUGAAAUGAAUGAUGUCACGUGUGAGGAAAAGUGGAUGGUCUCGCUAAAGACGUGGGAGAAGUUCAACAGGACGUGCAUCAACUUGCGGGGGCGGGCAUUUGGAGAACAUGUUAAGCCGAGGAUGAAGAAGCUUGUGUUGACGUCGAAUCUGUCGUGGAAUUGGGCGGAUUACUUUAAAAUGGAAGGCGCGCCCGGUGCGCCUGGUGAGAGGAGGCCUGGCUACGGCUUACUGGCGAAUGAUGUGGCUGCGUUGCUGCAAGGAUGCCCUUCUCUAACUGAGCUGGAGAUCCCAAUUGAUCAGGAGAAAAACGAAGCAGCGCUUGAGACGCUCCUGGAUGCUGACGUAUUUGGGGACGAGUUCUGGAAAGCGGGAGUUGAGCACUGCCCGCUCUUACAGUCAAUUUACGUGCACGACGGUUCUUCAUAUGGAGGCAAUCGCUCGGUCAGACCGAUCCGAACCUUCACGGACCGCGCCCUCCUAGCGUUAGCAGAUCACCUUCGUGUGGCUUCUAUUGAACUUUCGCCCUUUGCUUUUGUGCGACGCGUAUAUAAGACGAUUGGGGGUGACGGUGGGAAUCGCAGCCUCGACCUCAGUCUUGCCGGACCAAAUGAUCAUGACACUGCGCUCCCGCAUCCUUUUUACGGUGAGCUGCUCAAUUUGCUGACUCGUUUAGCCGAAACAAGCGAAGAAGAUCUAGGUGUUGCGUCAUGCAGCCACAAAGCGUCCUUGAACGUAUUUAACCCGCACAGUUCGUCCGUGGACAAGGAGUGGAGCAUAACGUACGUACGCGAUGAGCUCAAGCCACUGCUAGAGAAAGUGGCAGAAGCUCAUCCAUUAUUGGAUCUGCAUAUCGAGAGUUUUCGCCGCAUUGAUAAUAUUGAGCUGGACUGGGGUCCCGGCGCGCAGGAUGGCGAUGUAUUUAUUGAAGACGAGUAUAUUGGCAAUGCCGACAGCAACGGAGAAAGUGAUGAGGAGGGAGAGGAAUUCAAUGAUGAUGGUCCACUUGAUCCUCACGAGCUUUUCCUCAGGCGGCACGCCAUGUUCAUGGACGACUUCCAAGUCGUCUCUGACGAAGAAGGAGACGACGGUGGUGGACCCUGA